AUGUUCGAUGAAGAUGGUAAUAAGACAAUUAGCUUUAAGGAAUUUCUUCUAGCUAUUUCUCCUUCGACACAAGGUGAAUUGAAAAGUCGACUGGAACUCGUCUUUGAUAUGUACGAUAUUUCGGGUGAUAAGAAUAUGGAUGAAAAAGAAUUAGCUACGUUUAUUGUGGUUAUGUAUGAUCUCGUCGGUGAAACCAAUCGUAUAGGUGAUCGAGAACCUAAGGAACUUGCCAAAAAUAUAAUUAAAAAACUCGAUAAAAAUGGUGAUGGAAAAUUUUCUAGAGAUGAAUUCAUCGCGGAGUAUGUAUAA